CAUCUGGGAUCCGGAAAUGAAGCCAGCUCUGCAAAUGCCCUGCGGGCGUCCGUGUUCCUGGGUUGAUAGAACAUUCAGGCCUCUGGGCGAGCAGAACAGCGUUUCUACCCCGGGAAGGGGAAGGCGCCCAGCAGUUCUGCAGGACGCUGGCCACAGGCCACCGAGCCGUGGAGACUUUGCGAGAGAUCUCCUCGCCACUGAGCGGGCUCCGGUGUUGGGGGAACUCACCCGAGCCCAGCCGGCCCCCGAUCCCGCACGGCCCGGUCAGGGCAGGUCGGCAAGCUCGCAGGGUCCUGGUGGCCGCCAGGGCUCCAGGGAAGGAGUCUCCGGGACCAGAGGGCUCUCUCCUGACCCCUCCCCCAGGGCGUCCUUCCGGGGGAGGGGGGGCUCUGCCAGCAGCUCUCUGCUCACAGCCAGGGAGCCCGGGGAGGGCCUGGUCCCUCGGCGCCCCCAAGCCAGGCUCUGCAGGGCCACGCACCCCCUCAGGCAGAGUCCCAAAGUCUCAGUGCUCCCGCGAGGGUGUCCCCGGGCUCGAGGGCCUCCCUCACGGCCGCCUCCCUGUCUGCAGCGCGGCCUGGCUCCAGACUCAGUGUCCCGUCUCCUCGCAGAGCGCGGCCCCUCCUCUGUGCGGCUCCAGCCCUUCCCGCUGGCGCCCGCCCUGGCCCAGUGCACGCUGCCUGCCUGCGGCCGGGGGCUCCCCCAGCCGCCCCCAGAGCCCCGAGCCGCCUGCCAGCCUCGCGGAACCGCCGUGACAGCGGCGUCCCCUCGCUGCCGUCCCACCAGUCAGCCACCUCCUGGGAGGUGCUUCCUCUGGGAAAGGGGCUCCCAGGCCCCUGCAGCUUGUCUGCCGGGACGGAGCCAUGUUGUCGGGAUGGAGGUUGAGAAGGUCACGGGGCGGAGGGGGGAGCAGGGAAGAAGGUGGCCCGAGGACUCAGGCGUGGCUGACUGGCGUGGCUCAGCCAGACUGGGUGAGCAGAGCCACGGGGCUGGAAGGGCCCAGCUCAGGUAACCGUUCUGGGACCGCGACGAAGCCAUGCCAAGCAGAGGGGACCCUGGGGCCGGCACCAGGCUGUGGAUGGCCAGGAUGCCUCCCACGGCGGGGAAGCUGAGACAGCCCGCUGGCGACUGUGUCUCAGGAACGCGUGUCUCUUCUUCCUCACCCCCAGUGCCUCACUUGCGGCCUGGGGUGUCAGAUGCCGGAUGGCCAGAUUGCUGGAAGGUUCUGUAGGGAGCAUGCGGCCUGGCAGGCACCAGGGUGAGGCCUAUGCCCACGAACAACGACCUACAGGGCCCAGAGAUGUGGCUUCCAGGAGCGGGGAGAGAGACCUGGUCCUUGAGGACUUCCCGGAGGAGGUGGGAUAGAGGUGUCCAUAGUCAGCAAAGAAGGGAACUUUCAGAAACAAGAACGCUGCAAGUGUGCGCACGGGGACGCGACGGCCCAGGCGGCGUUUGUGCACAAAACGGCCUCCGUGCAGGAUGACCUCGCCCGUCAAGGCUUCACACAGGACGGCGCUCCCUGGGCGGGCGUGAGG